UAUUAGUCCUUUUAGAAGCCUUAAUUUCCUGCCAAGUGGCAGAAAUAGUUUAACUGUAUUGUUGAAUACUUAGGUCAUUUGUGAUGCUACUGUAAGCAUCUUUGUACAAAAAGCAUUUUCUGUAUUUUAUCUUUAGACUGGAUUUUACAGAAAUACAAUGAAUGGAUCAAAGGUAAUAAACACUUGGCUGCAGGACUGCCACGUACUGCUCCAAAGGUGUGUCCAUUCACCAUCCAAUCAAAAUCAGUUCUUAAGCCUCAGUUUUGCUUUUCCUAAUAGGAAAAGCUACAACUCCAGCUAUCUGACAAGGUAAAGAUUUAGGUUUUAGAAAUGUCAGAUGGUGAUGCCAUCACCCCUUGUCCACUGUGGAUAGCGACUGGCUCUUCCUUCUAUGUCCGUCCCCCCAAGUUCCAUGCAAGUUUCUUGACAGCACUUCUCCUCUGCUCUCAGUUCCCUAUCCAGUCUCAGUGACGAUCAUAAGAGCUUACGUUUUGUGUCUCUGUGUGUGUGUUUUCUAAAGUAACUUCACAUACAUUAUCCCAUGGAGGUAAAUUUACAUCAUCAGUAUAAGUUGCAACUUGGUCCUGGGAAGCCUCUGGAAACCUUGACGUUUUAGGGGCUGUCUAAUGAUGCCUUUGUUGUUGUUCUUUUGCACAGAUCCGGUCCUGCAGGUCCCAACACAUGUGGAAGAGCCUGCCUUCCUCCCAGAUCCCAAUGAUGGCAGCCUAUACACACUUGGGGGCAAGAAUAAUGAAGGUCUGAGAAAACUUCCAUUUACCAUCCCAGAGUUGGUGCAGGCAUCCCCAUGCCGAAGUACAGAUGGAAUCCUCUACAUGGGUAAAAAGCAGGACAUUUGGUAUGUUAUUGACCUUCUGACUGGAGAGAAGCAGCAGACUUUGUCAUCAGCCUUUGCAGACAGUCUCUGCCCAUCGACCUCUCUUCUGUAUCUUGGGCGAACAGAAUAUACCAUCACCAUGUACGACACCAAAACCCGGGAGCUCCGGUGGAACGCCACGUACUUUGACUAUGCAGCCUCAUUGCCCGAGGACGACAUGGACUAUAAGAUGUCCCACUUUGUGUCCAAUGGCGACGGGCUGGUGGUAACCGUGGACAGUGAAUCUGGGGAUGUCCUGUGGAUCCAAAACUAUGCCUCCCCUGUGGUGGCCUUCUAUGUCUGGCAGCGGGAGGGUCUGCGGAAGGUGAUGCACAUCAAUGUCGCCGUGGAGACCCUGCGCUACCUGACCUUCAUGUCGGGGGAGGUGGGGCGCAUCACCAAGUGGAAGUACCCAUUCCCCAAGGAGACGGAGGCCAAGAGCAAGCUGACGCCCACCCUGUAUGUUGGGAAAUACUCUACCAGCCUCUAUGCCUCCCCCUCCAUGGUACACGAGGGAGUUGCUGUCGUGCCCCGCGGCAGCACUCUCCCUUUGCUGGAAGGCCCCCAGACUGACGGCGUCACCAUUGGGGACAAAGGGGAGUGCGUGAUCACACCCAGCACGGACCUCAAGUUCGACCCUGGACUCAAAGGCAAGAACAAGCUCAACUACUUGAGGAAUUACUGGCUUCUGAUAGGACACCAUGAAACCCCACUGUCUGCGUCCACCAAGAUGCUGGAGAGAUUUCCCAACAAUCUGCCCAAACAUCGGGAAAAUGUGAUUCCCGCUGAUUCAGAGAAAAAGAGCUUUGAGGAAGUUAUCAACCUGGUUGACCAGGCUUCAGAAAAUGCACCCACCACCGUAUCUCAGGACGUGGAAGAGAAGUCUGCCCACGCCCCCGCCAAGCCCGAGGCCCCCGUGGAUUCCAUGCUCAAGGACAUGGCCACCAUCAUCCUCAGCACCUUCCUGCUGGUCGGCUGGGUGGCCUUCAUCAUCACCUACCCCUUGAGCAUGCAUCAGCAGCGGCAGCUCCAGUGCCAGCAGUUCCAGAAGGAACUGGAGAAAAUCCAGCUCCUGCAACAGCAGCAGCUGCCCUUCGCCCCACCUGGGGACGCCACUCAGGACGGCGAGCUCCUGGACACGUCUGGCGCGUACUCCGAGAGCUCAGGCACCAGCAGCCCCAGCACGUCUCCCAGAGCCUCCAACCACUCACUCUGCUCUGGCAGCUCUGCCUCCAGGGCUGGCACCAGCCCCUUCCUAGAGCAGGACGAUGAGGAUGAGGAAACAAGCGUGGUGAUGGUUGGGAAAAUUUCGUUCUGUCCCAAGGACGUCCUGGGCCACGGAGCUGAGGGCACAAUCGUGUACCGGGGCAUGUUUGACAACCGAGACGUGGCCGUGAAGAGGAUCCUCCCCGAGUGCUUCAGCUUCGCAGACCGCGAGGUGCAGCUGCUACGAGAGUCAGACGAGCACCCGAACGUGAUCCGCUACUUCUGCACGGAGCGCGACCGCCAGUUCCAGUACAUCGCCAUAGAGCUGUGCGCGGCCACCUUGCAAGAGUACGUGGAGCAGAAGGACUUUGCUCACCUCGGCCUGGAGCCCAUCACCUUGCUGCAGCAGACCACCUCAGGCCUGGCCCACCUCCACUCCCUCAACAUUGUCCACAGAGACCUGAAGCCCCACAACAUCCUCCUCUCCAUGCCCAACGCACACGGCAGGAUCAAGGCCAUGAUCUCCGACUUUGGCCUCUGCAAGAAGCUGGCAGUGGGCAGGCACAGCUUUAGCCGCCGUUCUGGGGUGCCUGGCACGGAAGGCUGGAUUGCUCCCGAGAUGCUGAGUGAAGACUGCAAGGACAACCCUACCUACACAGUGGACAUCUUCUCUGCAGGCUGCGUCUUUUACUACGUGAUCUCUGAGGGCAGCCACCCUUUUGGCAAGUCCCUGCAGCGGCAGGCCAACAUCCUCCUGGGCGCCUACAGCCUCGACUGCUUCCACCCCGAGAAGCAUGAAGACGUCGUUGCGCGUGAACUAAUAGAGAAAAUGAUCGCGAUGGAUCCGCAGAAACGCCCCUCGGCGAAGCACGUGCUGAAACAUCCGUUCUUCUGGAGCCUGGAGAAGCAGCUCCAGUUCUUCCAGGACGUGAGCGACCGGAUAGAGAAGGAGCCGCUGGACGGCCCGAUAGUGAAGCAGCUGGAGCGCGGCGGCAGAGCCGUGGUGAAGCUGGACUGGCGCGAGAACAUCACCGUCCCCCUCCAGACAGAUCUGCGUAAAUUCAGAACCUACAAGGGCGGCUCUGUCAGAGACCUCCUCCGCGCCAUGAGAAAUAAGAAGCACCACUACCGGGAGCUCCCCGAGGAGGUGCGGGAGACGCUGGGCUCCCUGCCGGACGACUUCGUGUGCUACUUCACGUCGCGCUUCCCCCACCUCCUCUUGCACACCUACCGCGCCAUGGAGCUGUGCGGCCACGAGAGACUCUUCCAGCCCUACUACUCCCACGAGCCCCCGGAGCCCCAGCCCCCCGUGACACCAGACGCCCACUGAGCCAGGGUGGCCCCAGCUGUGACUGAGGGCCUGGUCACCACAGUCCAGAGCUUGGCUCCUCCCGGCUUCACAGGGAGACCAGGCUUCCCAAACCAAGUGCCUUGAGCCGCCCACUCUGCAGCCAGCAGAGGAUCACGCUGACCCCAGGAGGAGGGAGAGGCGGCCCCUCGUGCCCUGCAGGGAGCUGGGAAGGUGUCGCCCUGGAAGCCUCACAGUCAGGCGCCUGCCAAGGAAGGUCCCAGAGACAGCGAGAGGAGCACCCGCCGACCUUCUCCUGGAUGAACUUGCUUCAGAAUUAACAUUUCUUUUUAAAAUUCCUGCUUGAUGUCAGUCAGUGGGCCUUUCGGGAAGGGAGAGGAGGGAAUCCUAAGUUCUGCCUGCAUGCUCAGACCAGCCGGGCAGGGAUGCAUGAGUGCAGCCUCUGUUAGAAGCAGGACUCGGGAGGCGAGGGGUGCGGGAAGGAGAACGGUGUUCCAAGGGUGUGGUCCUGGGGUAGGAGGUGCCUCAGUGAUCACAGAUGCGCCCGAGGUAGCCCAGGUUACUGGUAACCAGUGUUUCCGCAGAGGCAGCGAGAGCCGUGAGCUUGGGAUGUGACGUCAGGGACAGGUCAGCAGUGCACGCUGCAGGGAGGUCAUGUCGGCAGGGCUCUCAGGAACGAACAGCAUACUCUGCGCUGGAGGCAGUAGUGGCCCGGCCUGCUGGUGGCCUCAACAGUGGCCUUUUCAUUGUCCUGGGCCAGUUGAGGGUGUUCAGGAACAUUUGGGGCAAGAAGUGCAGCAUUCCCUGGCCAUCGAGGAAGGCAGCUAAGACCCAGACAGGGACAGGCCUUCGAGACCAGGGGGCGCAGCCGAGCGGGACCCUCCAGCUGCCUGGAGAAAGCCCUGAGCCAGAUGUGGGUGCCGAGGCUCCUCUGUCCCUUAGGCCAGCAGGAGACACGUGGUCAGUCAGGCCAGGGGACGGGAAGCCAAGGCCAAGGUCACUGUGUGCUUCAUGGGCCAGCUUUUUGUUUUUCUUGGCAGAAUUUAAUAACUACAUUUUGAUCAUACUGUAGAAUGCUACAUUAGCAUAAGUAAGCUAUACUUGAAGCUUACUCGUGAAGAAGAAAUGCAAGAUACAGUACAUCUUCUAUCUUGUGUGGUACCAAAAAUCGCCAUCCCCUCAAAAAAGUGUUCAUAUUUAGAACAUUCUCUAAUAUUGAAGAGUAAAACAUUAUAGCAACACUAUAUAAAUGUAUUAAACAAUGUCAGAGUAAUAAUCUCUAAAUUAUGUCAGUACCAUGUUAUUUUUUUCCCUAAAAUUAAUAUAAUUUUUAACAUUAGUUUGAGUAAAAAAUUCCUGUCUUUUCUCUCCCAAGAGCCUUAGAGGUUAAAAUGCAAUCAGGGUACCACGUAAGGAAACGCUGUCUGCGUCCCUCCUCCCGCCGGGCGGAGGGGUCAUUGCAGCUUGGUCCUGCCGCAAACUCAGAGACUCCAUUCAGUAUUAAGAAUGGAAUUGUCAGAUUUUACUCACUGACAGAGAAAUCGCUGUUUCUCCUUCUUGUAAGAUGUUUUCUGGCUGUGUUUGUGUCAGAGCUACUCAGCAAAAGCUCUUUCUCUGCCUUUGCAGAAUUCAGUCCUCUUCCUUUCAUAACGGCUGAAGUGGUUUUUUUCCUUAAUAUUCACGGGACCCUACAUCCUUAAACCUCAUCGGUUACCUCAUUUAGCCUUGGCACCUCGGCCCCCCAGGUCGGCAUCCGUGGCGUCCUCCUGCGGGCCGUCCGUUUCUCAGGAACACGCCAGACCGUGUUUUCUCCUCUGGUUCUGCGCCAGGGCCUGCCUGAGACCGCGCUGUCCACGCGCGGCAGGGAGCUUUGCCGCAGCCUGGGUGGCAGUAGCCCGGGAGAGAAUCCGAAGGCGGAGAAGGUGCCCGGAGUGAUUUAACAGGACUGCCUUGGGGACUGCCCCUCACCUUGGGGGUACCCAGGUGAUUUCUAGCAGCCCAAUUUUGUGUCAUUUUAGCCCAACUUGCCUUGAGACAAUUUUUUCAGAUGCCCUUUAUUCGAGCACUUACUCUUUGCAGCUGGGCAGGAACCCAGUUACUCGUCAGUCCCCCAGGUGGUUUGUCGGAAGGGGUCUCACAGAGGCACCCUCUGGCGUAGCUGGUCCUGGCUCUAGAUCUCCAGUUUCCGCGGUGCUCAGCGGGUUGUCGUGUGGGUUCAGGCGGGGACAGCUCUGCAGCAUUGCGCGUGGUGUUGCAGCUGAGCUGUUCGAUUCUGCGAUUCCUGGAGGGCUGUUUGACUUUUUAGAAGUACUGUACACUGUCUUCAUCUUUAAGCGGAACUUUGUCCCAUCUGUUAGGAAUCCAAAGGAUGCUCUAAUUUAUUUAAAUCGUGUCUUGAAGCUGCCACUGAACCUCUCUCUGGCACAUGUGCCAGAAUUUCUCUCACUGCUUCUUGAGUCUUUUGAAUAUUAGUUUUUGAAGGGCUCUGUGUGUCAUUAGGCACCAAGGCAUUGGCACUUUGGGGAGCAUUGGUAUCACUUGGUAAAUCCUCCAGCCAUCCAGUGGCUGAAAUACACAAUCCUGGGUGCAAAUAUGUCCCCUCCCUCCCUCCCUGCUUGCUGUCAUUGCAAGAGUUGCCAGAGGUUUUUUUCCAAUGAGAUGUCACUCUGGGUAGAUGUUGUUUUGGAAGAUCUGCAGGUUAGUGGAUCCAGCAAAAUAUUCCCACCAAUUCUAGGAGAAAGGUCCUUAUCAGAGUUGACCCUGAUCCUUUGGUAAGGUUUUGUGUGAUUCCGUCAUCGUUGGCGAUUCUUUCUUGCUGCAGUAAAAGAUUCACUGGCUGCUGAUCUAACCUCUCUACAGACACGGGGGCUUUGGGUUGUAGGACUUUGUCCUUUUGGCUCCUUUCUGUUUGGAAGUUGGACUUUGGCCAGGUUUGGUUCUCCCAAGACUGUCCCAUUCUCCAUCUGAUCGUUGGGUCCUCAGUGGUCUGUUCGUUGGACCCUCAGCCUGGGAAGGUGGCUGGCGCUGCUGGCGCAGACUCUGUGCUGGGGGAGAAAACUCGGCCUCUCAAGUCUCCUCUCAGCUUCCUCUCGCCACUGCUUUGGCUUCUGAAAUUGCUUUCCUUUCUGUCUCCCACCAUGGCUUUCCUCGCCCUUUCCUUUGCCAUCCUGGUGUAGUCGUUCCAGUUGACUGUGACCUGGCACUGGCUUCUGGAAGAAGGUCCUCAGCUCUCUUGUCAGGGUGGGGCAGAAAUUCUGCCUUCCCAGGUUGGGCCGUUAAUCUUACACCAAAGUGUCUACUGUCGUCUCUGCUUUUUCUUUAUGAAACAGCGAUUUCUCCUGAGUAACUCUGCUCUGACUUGUGAAUUGGCACUUAAGUCCUUUCUGUAUCCAGUGGAAAACCGCAAAGAUCGCCUCUGCAAUGAGCUCCGCCCUGUUGCAGCCUUAACCGACACUUUCAGCCAAAGCCCCCACCGCUCGCCCCUCCGCGUGCUCUGCGACUGGCGGAUACAGUAUUCCUUUUCAGUGUCCCUGAAGCUGUGACGGGGAGUCCCCACUUACCUAGAAAGCAUUACCAGUCAACUACGUGGCAUUCUCAGAUGCAAACCUUGUGUAGUGUUCUUUUUGCAAUGACCUAUUUAUUUAACCUAUUUAUAUUUAUUUAAUUUUUACUCUGAGGUGUAUCCCAUGACGAUUGCACUUGCUUAAAGCACAUCAGAUUUGUUUUGGACAACACCCCUGACCAUUUUAAAACUGGAAAAGGAAAAGUUAUACUGUAUCCUUCUGUGGGAUGGACGCUUUACCGUAGUCUUGUCUUUCAAGGGUGAAUAAUUUGGUCGCGGUAAAACGUUAAUUUUUAGGUGAUUUUUUAAAAAAAUAUUCUGUGCCAUUGUGUCUUCUCUGUGGAUGGUUAAUUGUCUAAUUGGUCUGUGUUAAUCGUAUGAUACAAUCCUCUUUGUGGAACCCCAAAUCCUCUUUUUAGCUUUAUAUUUUAUAAACUGCCAGAUUGUACAACUUUUAUGUGUAUUUUUAAAGCUUGAUGUGAGGGUCAUUAUCUAAGUUAAACGGCCUAUUUUUGUACCUCCUGUAUAGUUUUAUAAUUCUGCUGAUUGAUGGCAUCUUAUGUUGAGCCAACCACAAUAAAGGUAGUUUUAGAUUUGGAA